CCUAAUAUGUGGCUGGGCCUGCCUGCCCCUCUGCCUGGCCACCUGCCUGGAACCCCACCUCCCCACCAGCUCCAGGCCCACCAUGCUGGGACCCCUGCACUUCAGUGGAUAUAGCAGCGUGCCGGAUGGGAAGUUGCCUCCUCAUCUGUAAAAGACGGUCGUUGCAGUUCCUGCCUCUAUAGAGCUGCUGUGAGGAUCCAGCUGGGUAAUUCUUACACAGUGUUCAGAGCAGGUGCUGUGUAAAUCAUGGAUGAAGAAACAAAUCAACACAAAUGCCCACAGGAUUGGUCAGGUGGGAUGAACAGCCAGGUAGGCUGGGUGGACCCUGUCCCACCUACAUGGGACAGUUGAUGUUCAUGUCAGACACUCGGAGCCUCGUGAGAACGAGGGCCUGGGGUGACCAGAUCCUCUGUUUUUUUAAGAAAAGCUGGAAAUCCAGGUUUUGAAUGUCAGAACCAAUUUUUAUAGUUGACAACUAAUUAUACAAUUUAAAGCCCUCAUGGGGUACAAGCAGAAACCUCCUGGGGACUGGUGGUGACCCUCAAUUGUCAGGACAGGCCGAAACUGAGGGCAGAAUGAGAAAGUCUUGUUCUUUACUGCUGGGGUGUGGAAAUGAGCCUGUGGUUGUUAGGUGCUGUUGAGUUGAUUCCAACUCUUAGCAACCCUAUAUGACAGAGUAGAACUGCUCCAUAGGAUUUCAUAGGCUGUAAUCUUUAUGGGAAGAGAUUGCCAGGUCCUUUCUCCUGUGGAGCCUUCCAGUUAGCAGCCAAGUGCUUAACCAUUGUGCGCCUGGGCCUACGUGUUCUUAAAUCAACGUUAUGUCAGAUAUGAAAUUUCCCUGAGUAAGAUGUGACGGUGUGUUUUUUAUUAACUAGAUUAAUGUCCCCACAUCCUUUAUGGGGUCUCCUUAAACCCAUAUUCCCCCAGAAGGGCAUGGAGACAUGUGAUGGGGGCAAGUCUUUCUCUGGGAACCCUGAUCACUCACCCGCAGUGGAUAUUUGAGGCUCGCUCACUCAGCUUCUGCCUCUCGGGGGAUAAUGAGGGGGGAGGGGUGGUGGCCCUCACUGUGACCUAGGUCUGUGCUGAUCACUCUUCCGACAUUUUUUAUUUAAUCCUUACAACUUGGUCAAGGAGAUGCUGCUUUCAUCCCCAUUUUACAGAUGAGGGAAUUGAGACUCAGAGAGGCAAAGUGACUUACCCCAGGCCAUGCAGCUAGGAAGAGGCAAAGCCAAGAUUCAAGCUCAGAACUAGAGAUUUCCAGCCCUGUUGUGGGCACUGAAGACCCUGCUCUGCUCAUAAACUGAGCACAGAGUGGGUGGGCUUGGGCCCGGGAAGUAGUGACCUAUGGAUGGUUCUGAAGAACUGAGGUUCAUGUUUACUUAAUAAAUAUUUGUAUGACAUCCAGUCUAUGCCAGGCACCGUUCUAAGUGCUUUGCAUGUGUUGACUCGUGUAACUUUCAUCAGGAACCCGUGAAAUGAGUACUGAUAGGACCUCAGUGUCCACUCCGAGAGACAGCAACAGAGACAAGGGCAGGGAACCUGGCUGAUACGGAAGCAUAGGCUUUGAAUAUAGAAUCUUAGCUUUAUAUCAGUGUGACCUUGGGAAAGUCACUUCACCUUCCCAGCCUCCAUUUUCUUAUUUGCAAAAUGGUUUGACAGCAAUACUUAGAGCUGAUACAAGGAUUCAGGGAGGUCAGUGGGUGUUACUGGGUGGAGGAGCAGGUGGGUGGAACCUGUGUGCCCAUGCCUCUGUCUCUACCACCCCCUGCAGCCACUGGUCCGGGAACCAUGCCGCAGCUGUGCUGUGGUGUCCAGUUCUGGCCAGAUGCUGGGCUCGGGCCUGGGCACCAAGAUCGACGGAGCCGAGUGCGUGCUGCGUAUGAACCAGGCGCCCACAAUGGGCUUCGAGGCAGACGUGGGCCGGCGCAGCACCCUGCGCGUGAUCUCGCACACGAGCGUGCCGCUGCUGCUGCGCAAUUACUCACACUACUUUCAGCAGGCCCGCGACACGCUGUAUGUGGUGUGGGGCCAGGGCAGGCAUAUGGACCGGGCGCUCGGCGGCCGUACCUACCGCACGCUUCUGCAUCUCACCCAAAUGUACCCAGGCCUGCAGGUGUACACCUUCACCGAGCGCAUGAUGGCGUACUGUGACCAGCUCUUCCAGGACGAAACAGGCAAGAACCGGAGGCAGUCAGGCUCCUUUCUCAGCACCGGCUGGUUCACCAUGAUCCUCGCCCUGGAGCUGUGCGAGGAGAUCGUUGUCUAUGGAAUGGUCAGCGACAGCUACUGCAGAGAGGAGAGCCACCCCUCGGUGCCUUACCACUACUUUGAGAAGGGCCGGUUGGACGAGUGUCAGAUGUACCUGGCGCACGAGCGGGCCCCCCGCAGCGCCCACCGCUUCAUCACCGAGAAGGCCAUCUUCUCCCGCUGGGCCAAGAAGAGGCCCAUUGUGUUCGCCCACCCGUCCUGGUGGGCCCAGUAG